GCAGUGUUGUUUAUCAGCUGAAUGAAAUGCUCUACUUGCUAAGUGAAAGAGAAAGCUGUUUUCUGACUCCCUCUCUCAUGAGAGUGUCUUUUACUGUCUGUUUACUUCAGCGGCAGCAGCAGAAAUUGUUUCUGCUCUGUGAAGAAAAACCGUAUCAGUGGAGUGAUUCAGAAUGAACCAAGACAUUAAGUACCGUGGGUUGAGGAACCAAGGAGCAACAUGUCACCUGAACAGCAUUCUGCAGGUUCUGUUCAUGACCAGAGAGUUCAGAGAGGCUGUUAAGAGAUGUCCAAAAGAAAAUGAAGACAUUAAUGUUCAACUCAAUGCGUUGUUUGAAGAUGUAGGAAGAAACACUGCAGAAACCACAAAAGUUACAAAGAAGCUGCAAUUUGAAAACGUGUAUGAACAGCAGGAUGUUGGUCAGUACCUGGAGAAGAUUUUAUCUCUGGUCAGCGAUGAAGCGUCACAGAUAUUCAGAGGAGAGCUGGUUCACAGGACUGUUUGUGAUCAAUGUGACUCAGACACUGAAGACUUGGUGCCUUUUUGGUUUCUUUCUCUCCCACUGAUGGAUUCUAGUGAUGGAAACUACAGUGUGGAAGACGCAAUUCGGGAGUUUUUAAAGGAUGUACGGUUUUAUGGAGAAGACCAGCUGUACUGUGAUAAAUGUGAAGACAAUCGUGACACUACUGUUAAAUAUGAACUAAAGCAUCAUCCCGAGAUUUUGAUUUUGCUGCUGAAGAGGUUCGAAUACAACUAUCAGUGCAUGUCAUACAGUAAAGACAAUCGUGCUGUGGAUGUUUGUCACACCAUCGACUUACCAGAGAACCAGACAUAUGAGCUGUAUGGGUUGGUGGAUCACUUUGGACUCUGAGCGGAGGCCAUUACACAGCAACAAUCAAGCCUGAGGACGAAGAAAACUGGUAUGAGUUCAGUGACUCCAGUGUGACACUGGUUGAUAACCAGAUGUUCCAGAAAAAGUUUGAGAGAUCCCGAAGUGCCCAUCUUCUGUUUUACAGAAAGAAAAGUGAGAUGCAAACAGACCAUACAAGCAUUUAUAUUGGGUCACAAUAUUGUAAUAUAAAUUCAGAUACUGAAGAGGAAGAUGAAGGAACAGAUGGAGACGAAGAGCAGAAAAAACUGAGAGAUGAUGACAAGAGUGAAAACGACGAUACGAGGAAAAUCACUUCAGACUGUGAUAAAAAUCACAAUAAUUUGUGUUUGUCUUUGUUAGCUUUGUUACUUUUUGUAUUUGUAAUUAUCUGGAUUGUCAUUAUUGACACGACGGUCAUUCCGAAUGAAUUCAUUCUCUUUGGUUUACUCUUUCUUUUAGGGUUACCCUUAUUACUUUGGUGGAAAUGCAUUAAAAAAGACAAAAUAUCGGCGAGCCACUGUGUUUCACCACUUGUUUGUCAGAAAGGACUAAAUCAUGGUUCGCCUUAGAACGGAUCUAUCAAAUUAACUAAAUUCAAAUUUAUUUAGCUCACAAUUACCUGUGAACAAAUCAGUUGAAAAAUGUUCCAUUUUAACAAAACAAAAAUUUAAAAGGGGCAGCAUUAUGCAAAAUGGACUUUUCUGAACCUUACAUCAUGUUAUAAUGUCUUUCCUUCAUCAAAACAUGCCUAGAGCCUUGAUUAAUAUCCAUGACAACCAUUCAGCUCUUGGUUGCAUGGAGCGCCGCCGUCAAGUUUCCAAGUUUCCACCUCACAGAGAAGCCUUUCCCUCUCAGUCCCCACUCGGCUCCUUCAGACUAGCUAGUAGUAAUUAGCAAACACCUAAUAAUGAGCAUCAGCUGAGCUCUUUAUACAAAUUGCUUCUCAGUAAAACACUGUUAAACACACUUUGAAAAACGUUGAUAAAUAGAUAAAUAGAGGAGCCAUGUUGUGAUCACUUCCUAAAGGUGGAGUUUCAGAAAUGGAAUCAGUUUCCAGAGAAACAGAGGUCCAAUUACAAGGCAUUAAAUUGCAAAGUCAAUUUUUCUUUGAAGUCAUAUUUAUAUUGAUAACAUUUUAACAAUUGAAGAUAACAUAGUUAUUUGACUAGUUAUUGUGAUAUAAAAUGGAAAUAUGUGCCUGGAAAAUACACAGUUCUGCUCCUAUAAGUUCUCACUUCUGUUGUUUCUUCUAAUUUCUUCUUGUCUUAUAAACAAUUUAUAGAAUCAACAGAUCCAAGUAAUCAGUUUGUCCCCUUGUGACAUUGUAAAUAUAUGUUUAGUGAAUGAUUUGUAUCUUUUGUUUAUAUGUGAAUAAAACAUUAUUCAUUUUUCAUGC